GCAGUUCUCGACCCAGUUGUUCACAUAGAUCAGGAGGAGGAGGAGGGAGCGUUAAUGUCGGCUGAAACUCUCUAUUUGACACAUUAAAGCAGAGUGAGCCUUCCCCCUCAUCAUGUCCCAGGAUAAGAGUGGAUACCCUGUUAUGGGUGAGAACAACCCACUUCAUAACAGUGUCUACGGACCCCCUCAGCCAGGGUUCGACACGCCCCCUCCCAACUACAGCCAAGCCCCCGUGGGGCCAUACCCACCAGCAGCGAGCUACGGCCAGCCGGGCUUCGCCCAGGCAGGCCCGGGUUGCGCCCCUGGCCCCUACCCUCAGAUGCCUUACCCUCAGAUGCCCUACGCACAGGGACCCUACCCCCAGGGGCCUUAUCAGCAAGGGCCCGCACAACCAGGCUUUGCCAGUGACCCAAUGGCAGCACCUGCAGGCAGCCCUGGUUACCAAGGUGAUGUUCCUCCAAAUUACUACGACAAUGAGGAAUUCACCAACUCUGGUUUUGAGGACAAAACCAUCCGACAAGCCUUCAUCAGAAAGGUCUUCGCGGUUCUCACGGUGCAGCUGCUGAUCACUUUCUCCUUUGUUGCCAUCUUCACCUUUGUUGACGAAGCAAAGGUCUUUGUGCGACGUAAUCCAUGGACAUACUAUGUGUCCUACGUGGUCUUUCUCGUGUCCCUGAUCACCCUCAGCUGUUGUGGAGAAUUCCGCCGCAAGCACCCCUGGAACUUGAUUGCACUGUCCAUCCUGACCCUGAGCCUCUCCUACAUGGUGGGCAUGAUCGCCAGCUUCUAUGACACAGAGACGGUCAUCAUGGCCGUGGGCAUCACUGCAGUGGUCUGCUUCACGGUCGUGCUCUUCUCACUACAGAGCAAGUAUGACUUCACUUCCUGUCAGGGCGUGCUGUUUGUGUGCCUGAUCGUGCUGUUGCUCUUCUCCAUCCUCUGCAUCUUCAUCCGCCACAGGAUCCUGGACAUCGUCUAUUCCUCACUGGGGGCCCUGCUCUUCACCUGCUUUUUGGCUGUGGACACUCAGCUCCUCCUGGGCAACAAGAAGCUAUCUCUGAGUCCAGAGGAAUACGUUUUUGCCGCACUCAACCUCUACACUGACAUCAUCAACAUCUUCCUCUACAUCCUGGCUAUUGUGGGACGUUCCCGUGAAUGAAAUAAUUAAAUGAAAUAGCUCUUUAAACUUUUGUUUCACUUUGUCCCAUAACACACUUCCUUUCCUCUCCUAUCACACCCACACCUUUUUAAAAGGUGUUGCAAUUAAUGUCAAAAUGAUCUGUCUUUUUGACCACUUGUUGCUGUAACUCUCCUCUGCUUCUACUAACACUGAUAGCUACAUAAUGCCUACAUUACCUUUACCCAUACUUUCAGUGUGACUCAGCUCCUACAGUGUAACACAUGUUAUCCCGUGGAUGCAUGGCACUCGGCCUUGCCUUGCUUAGAGAUUAAACAGAGGAAGAGCGGGAUGGAAUAUGUUGCGCCUAAUAUUGAUGCAAACCAGCUUUACUUGAAAACAAAUUAGUGCUAGAAAUACCCAUUUUUCAAUCCGUCUGAUUCCCCAAACAGAUCUCUCCCUUUGAGCCCACUGAUGUUAAUUCACUCUGCAUGGCAACACUGGAAACAAAACUAAAGGUGUGUUAUGUUUCUUUAACAGAGGAAUAUCUCGGAAUUGCUUGUCACAGCUGUAAAUAGUUAAAUGUAUUAGUGUAUAUGAAGCCAGUACCCCGCCCCCCUUAACCCCCUGCCCCCAAAUGGCAUGCUGAAGUGAUUCCUUUGGAUUUGUUGCUUUUCAGGAAAUAAUUGCUCUGAUAUCAGAACUUCACUUACCGAGUACAGAAAUUUAAACAUUAUAAUGGCAAGAGAAUGAAGAUCAAUGUUGGAUGUAUAUAACUUAAUAUGAACAUAAAGCAGUAUUUAUAAACCGUAUAUUCUUACGGACAUCUUUUCAAGAGGAAAGAGAAAUUAGUUUUUAGUAUAAAUCAUUCCUAUGAUUCAUAAGCUGAUGUGUCCCCUUUUUUUCUUUACAGUUCUUACUAAUUUCCUCUUAUCUGGUCAUUAAUGUGAAGUACAAAUAUACUGCUGUGUUUUCUUUUUCUUAUUACCUAAUGUGAACAAAAAGUUUUGGAAUUCCUGACCACCUCUAUAUCAAGCUAAUCCAGGUUUCAGAACUUCAUUAUUAGCUUUUAGGAAGUAAAUGGACGACAGACUUAUAACUUGUCUAUUUAUUGAGCUUGAUGUAGGUACCAGCGUUGAUUUGAAGGUUGUUUAAACUGGUGUUGAAAAAAACAAACUGAAACUGUUGUUUGGACUUACUUAAGGGGAUUGUGAAACCAUUAUAUACACAAGGUAAAGGAAUCAACAUGCACUGGAAGACAGAAUUCUCCUUGCACAUAAACACACACAUAUUCAACAUGAACAUUUUUUUAUUCUGUAACUUCUGUUCAGAUUGUUCACCUCUUGCAUGACCCUCUCAUUUGCAUGUGCUGAUAAUGCACACUUUACAGGUAUUCCUGUUUAUGAGAGACAGUGUUGUUGGGCAGCCCUGGUAAACUCUUUUUUUUUAGUGUUUGUAUCUAACUAACUAACUAACGUGUACUUGUACAAAGCACUCUUUAGUGGUUUGAUGUGUAUAGAUGAAGUAAUUUUGGGGUUUUGAAGUUAUGUUUUCAUUGUAUAUUUGCAUUAAAUCAAAGUGGAACUGCACUCCUCUACACAGCUGUUAGCUUUUCAUUAAAACUUAUAAAAUGUAA